AUGGCGAGCCGUAAACGAGACUUGGCGACAGCUAUGAGCCCUGGAGAUUGUUUCCAAACACCGGAGAAGAAAGUGUCAGUAGACCAAAUGUCAGAUUUGGACGUGUCCCAAUGGGGAAUAGAAGAAACGUGCCUGUACCUACGAGAAGAAGGUCUUGGAGAGUGGGAAACUGUAUUCAGAAGACAGAAAAUUACUGGUGUCGUGCUGAGAUACAUCAAGAAGGAUGACCUGGAAAAGAUGGGCAUAAAGCCUCUUGGUGACCAACUGCGAAUCCUGCACAGCCUGAGGAAGUUGUGGCACUUAGAGGAGGGCCCUCAAACAAAUAAGGUGUUUAAUGAUCCCAUCCAUGGGCACGUGGAGUUGCACCCACUUCUUGUCAAAAUCAUUGACACGCCUCAGUUCCAGAGACUCCGAAAUAUCAAGCAGUUGGGAGGGACCUACUUUGUUUUCCCUGGAGCCUCCCACAACCGCUUUGAGCAUUCCAUCGGAGUGGGUUACUUGGCAGGACACCUUGUGAAAGCACUGAAUGAGAGGCAGCCAGAACUUCUCAUUUCCCAGAGAGACAUUCUUUGUGUGCAGAUUGCCGGGCUCUGUCAUGAUCUUGGACAUGGGCCUUUUUCACACAUGUUCGAUGCUAAAUUCAUCCCCAAAGCACGUCCUAAUAUCUCCUGGAAGCAUGAGAAAGCAUCACUUGACAUGUUUGACCACCUGAUAACCAAAAAUGUGCUGGAGCCACUGAUGGAACAACAUGGCUUGGUUCUGCCAGAGGAUCUGGUCUUCAUCAAGGAGCUGAUUGCAGGACCUCUGGACACAAAUACAGCCGAGCAGUGGUCCUAUAAAGGCCGUUCAAAGGAUAAGUCUUUCCUCUAUGAAAUUGUGGCCAAUAAAAGAAAUGGCAUUGACAUGGACAAAUGGGACUACUUUGCCAGGGACUGUUACAAUCUGGGAAUCCAGAACAACUCGGACUACCGUCGCUACCUCAAAUUUGCGAGGGUGUGUGAGGUUGAUGGAGAGAAGCUCAUCUGCACUCGUGAUAAGGAAGUAGGCAAUCUCUAUGAUAUGUUCUACACCCGUAACUGUCUCCAUCAGAGAGCCUACCAACACAGAGUGGGAAACAUCAUAGAAACCAUGAUCACUGAGGCCUUUUUGAAGGCCGAUAAGCACAUUCAAGUCCAAGGCAAAGACGGAAAGAUGUUCACGCUGUCCACGGCCAUAGAUGACAUGGAGGCCUACACAAAGCUGACAGAUAAUGUAUUUGAACAAAUACUGCACUCAUCAAAGCCAGAGCUGGCUGAGGCACGGGAGAUUCUACAAAACAUUCUUUUACGGCGCCUCUACAAGUAUUUGGGUCGAACCCAGCCCGAGGACAGCAAAUCCCUGAAAGUCACCCAGAAAAAACUUCAUGACUGGGAGGCGGACCUGGCUAAUUCAGUCCCUAAGACUGGUCCCCUUGGUGUCAAUCUACGUCCUGAAGACUUCCUAGUUACUGUCAUUAAAAUGAACUAUGGGAUGGAUAAGGGGAACCCAAUUGACAAUAUGCGUUUCUAUUGCAAGACUGACCCCACCAAAGCCAUUCCGAUAUACAAGGAUCAGGUGUCCAAGUUUCUGCCUCCGCAGUUUGAAGAGGAAGUGAUCAGAGUUUACUAUAAGAAAAUGGAUGAAGAUGGCCUGUCCGCAGCCAAGAAGCACUUUGUUCAGUGGUGCAUAAACAACAACUUCACAAAACCUCCGGAUGGAGAUGUAAUUGCACCUGAGCUGACUCCACUGAAAGCAAGCUGGCACUGCAGAAAAGAAGCAAGGGAUGAUGAUGAAGAUUCGGGAUGUAGAAAGGGGGUCAAGUCUCUUUUUAAGUAG